UCACAACUGGUUGGUUGGCUGUGUGGUCAGUGUCGUUGAAUAUCUCAUUCUAGUAUUCAGAGCCAACGGGAGCACUGGGAGAGCAGCACAAAUAGAAAUUUAAAAAAAAAAUUACGAAACGUAGCGCCAAUCGCUUGACAGACAUGACUCAGCGAUACAUCGAAAAUCCCUAUCCCGACUUUACUGAGGGUGAACAAACCUCUUUCCUCACUGGGGAGGAGUACAUCAAGCGGCUGAUCGCCACCUAUGUGGGAUCCACUUUGGAUCCUCGUCUGCGCAGACACGACGAGCGCGGUAAUCUCUAUGUGGGCAAUGCUGGCAUCGCGUACAUGUUCUGGAAGCUGGCCACCAGCCCAAGGACUCGCGAUAUCUGCCCGCAGGCGCUGACACAUGCCUCGGCCUACAUACAGGCGGCCAAGGAGAAGGCUGAGCAGUUCAAGAAGAAGCCAGGGGAGCGCUUCUCCUUCGUCAAUGGCAAUGCUGGCAUCUAUGCCGUUGCGGCGGUCAUUUCGCAGGCCUGCGGCGACCCCCAGGAGCUGGCCCAGGACCUGGCCAACUUUAAGCUGGGCCUCUCGGCCAGCAAGGCCAAGCUGCACACCCCAAGCGGAUGCGAUGAGGUGUUGGAGGGACGUGCCGGCUAUCUGGCCGGCUGCUACUGGCUGAACGAUGUCCUGGGCGGGAAGAUAAUCACCGAUGAGGAGAUCGUCUCCAUUUGCCAUUUGAUUGUAGCAAGCGGUCGCGAGGCCAGCCAGUCGACCCGUGGUCCGAUGCCGCUCAUGUACACGACCCACGGCACCCAGUACCUGGGCGCCUCCCAUGGACUGGCUGGCAUAAUGCACAUGCUGCUGGACAGUCCCUGGUUCCGCAAGUGCGCAGUCCCAACUUCGGCCACCAUGAUCGCCGACAUCAAGGGAUCCAUCGACUUUAUUGUCGGUCUGCAGACCGAGGAGGGGAACUAUCCGUGUUCCCUGGAGGACGUGCGCUACGGGGUCAACAAGGGACUGCAUCAGUGGUGCCACGGUGCCCCCGGAUUCGUUUACAUGCUGGCAAAGGCCUACCUGGUCUUCAACGAGGACAAAUACCUGAAGGCGCUGCGCCGCUGCGCUGACUUGGUCUGGAAGAAGGGAAUACUCUACAAGGGUCCCGGCCUGUGCCAUGGUGUGUCUGGCAACGGCUAUGUCUUCCUGCUGCUAUACCGCCUGACCAAGGAACCGAAGCAACUGUACCGGGCCCACAAGUUCAUGCUGAUGCUCAGCAAUCCGAUGUUCUACAAUGUACACAAGUCGCCCGAUCAUCCCCAGAGCCUGUACGAGGGCUGGGCCGGCGCCAUCUGUUUUUUGAUCGAUCUGCUCGAUCCCGAUCGUGCGGCUUUUCCAUUUAUGGAUGUCUUCCACGACUAACUCCAGCCCAAGGAUUACACUUGGAGCCACAGACUAGUUUUUUUGCUGUUGUUGUUGUUGUUGUUGUCUUUGCUUUAACCAAAUUUGGGUGUGGAUAGCCCUUAUAGUUCGUUCUUAGAAGGAUCUCUCAGCAAUUACCAAAUGCUGGAAUGCUACACAUCAAAAUUUUUUUCGUUUUACACAACACAAACACACACACACACACACACACACAAAUUGAUGUACAAACACGCAUUCAAGGGGAGUAUAUCUCUUAAUGCAACAGCUCCAAAUCGUUUGGCAAUUAUUAACAGAUGAAUAUGUUACUAUACAAUCCAAAAACAUAUUCUA